GUUCACACUUGCUUCUGCCCUCUAACACGCAGAGCCAGCACAGCUAUACAAGAUGGCGUCAGAAAGCAAAGCGGGGCCUAUGCGUGUCCUGGUGACUGGUGGAUCUGGGUUGUUGGGAAAAGCCAUCGAGCAUGUGGUGCAGCAGCAAGGUGGGAAACUGGAAGGAGAAGAAUGGAUCUUCCUCUCUUCUAAGGAUGCUGAUCUUGUAGAUGUUGGGCAGACCAGGGCUGUGUUUGAGAAGUAUCGUCCCACUCAUGUCGUCCACCUGGCUGCAAAGGUCGGAGGACUCUAUCAGCACAUGAGGGAGAACCUGCACUUUCUGAGGGACAACAUCAAAAUGAAUGACAAUGUGCUACAAACAGCUCACGAAAUGGGCGUCUCCAAGGUAGUGUCUUGCCUGUCCAGUUGUAUCUUCCCCGACAAAACCACAUACCCCAUCGAUGAGACCAUGAUACACAACGGACCACCGCAUGACUCCAACUUUGGAUACUCGCAUGCUAAAAGGAUGAUUGAUGUUCAGAACAGGGCCUACUUUCAGCAGUAUGGUCAUCGGUACACAGCGGUCAUCCCGACCAAUGUGUUCGGCCCCUUUGACAACUUCAACAUAGAAAAUGGUCACGUGCUGUCGGCUCUCAUUAACAAGACGUACAAGGCCAAAAAGGAAGGAACUCCUGUGACUGUAUGUGGCUCUGGAGCUCCGAGGAGACAGUUUGUCUACUCUCUGGAUGUGGGUCGUCUAAUCAUUUGGGUCCUGAGAGAAUAUGAAGAGAUUGACCCCAUUAUCCUCUCUGUGGGUGGAGAGGAUGAAAUCUCAAUCAAAGAGGCCGUGGACUUUAUUGCAGAGGCUCUGGACUUCAAGGGCAACAUGCACUUUGACACCACCCUGUCUGAUGGCCAGAUGAAGAAGACCGCCAACAAUGCCAAGCUAAGACGCUACCUCCCGGACUUCACCUUUACACCGCUUAAAGAAGCAAUAAAGAUGACCUGCGACUGGUUUGUGGACAACCCUGACAUUGCCCGGACAUAAAGUGACCGGAGCUGAAAAUGAACACCAUUCCAAUUCAAUAUUGGUUUAUAAAAUUGCUGAACAUAUUCUGUCUUGCACUGGAGCAUCUUUAUCUUUUAAUCUCUAUGGAAUUCCACAUCAAUGUAAUAUUAAGAGUAAUUAAUUAAUUAAUUAAUUAAUUAAUUAGAACUUACUUUGUACAACGGGGACAAAGGGAUGUAAAGCAUCGACCAGAUAAGUCUAAAAGUUUAAUACAACUCUAACAAUUGGGGAAACCAUAACGCGUUUAUCUGCUAUUUUAAUUCAGCUAUUAUAAAAUUUUAAUUCUGC